AUGUCAGAUGAGAACAACAGAUAUUCUCCCUCAUCCCAGCCAGCUGAAGACAUCAAGACCAAAAUCAAGAACUACAAAACCGCCCCCUUUGACAGCCGCUUCCCAGACCAGAAUCAGACCAGGAACUGUGGGCAGAACUAUCUGGACUUCCACCGCUGCGAGAACGCAAUGACCGCAAAGGGGGGUGGUGUCUCCGUGUGUGAGUGGUACUGGCGUGUAUACAAGUCCCUCUGCCCCAUAUCAUGGGUCUCAGUCUGCGAUGACCGCAGAGCAGAAGGCACAUUUCCUGGGAAGAUCUGA